AUGUUAUUUUGCGCAAAGUACAAUAACAUCCAAGCAUUUUUGGUCUAUUUAGAUCAAACGAACUGUAUUGAGGAAUGUUUUUGUUACUCACCUUUAUUUCAUUCACCAAUUCUUAUCAAUUAUCUAAUCGAACAUGGUGCAAAUGGCGAAUAUGAAUCAAACCGUUACAGGUAUGCAAUUUCAUAUGCAGCAACCUGUAGUCUAGAUUCAGUAAUGGAGUUAAUUCUUUCAAAAAACUUGGCUGUAAAUACGUUUGAUGAUAUAUAUAGAACUCCCCUUCAUUUUGCAGCGAUAUUCAAUAACAAAGAAAUUGCACAAAUCCUCAUUGCAAAGGAAGCAUGUGUCAACUGUAGAGAUAGAUAUGGGAAAAUUCCUCUUCAUUAUUCUGCAGAGGGAAAGCAUAAUGACAUUGCUGACCUACUUAUAUCAAACGGUUCAAAAAUCAAUCUCAAAGAUAGGUAUGGAAAAACUCCUCUCCACUAUGCAGCUGAAGAAAAUAAUAUUCAAUUAGGAAACUUACUUAUUGCACAUCAAACUGACAUAAAUUCAAAAGAUGAAACUGGAAAAACCGCUGCUCAUAUAGCUUCGGAAUCAAAUUUUUAUGAGUUUGUAGAACUUCUUGUGGCCAAUAAAGCAAACAUCAAUUUAAUUGAUAAUAAUCAAAAAAUGCCUCUUCAUUACGCUGUUAAAAAUAAUAAUAUUGAAAUUGUUAAACUUCUGGUUUCCCAUGGAGCAGAUAUUAAUGCCAAAGAUAAUUUUGGAUGGACUGUCAUUCAUGAAGCAGCUGGCAAUAAUUACAUUGAAAUCGCAAAAUAUCUUAUAAAGUGCGGGGUAAACAUCAAUGCCAAAACUGAAAAUGGGGAUAUCCCACUUGCUUUUACAAUGGAAAAUGAUUAUUCUGAUAUGGCUGCCCUUCUAAUUUCAGAUGGUUCAAAUGUCAAUGAAAAAAACAAUGAUGGAAUUGGUUGUCUUCAUUUUGCCGCAAUUCGUAAUAGAGUUGAAAUAUCAAAACUUCUCAUUUCAUCUGGUGCAGAUAUUAACUCAAAAGAUAAAUUUAAAAAUACUGCUCUUCAUUACGCUGUAGAUGGCAAUGCUAAAGAAUCAGCAGAACUACUUAUUUUACAUGGAAUAGAUAUUAAUGCAAAAAGAAUUUUGGAUGAAACUGCCCUUCAUUGUGCAAUAAUAAAUAAUAAUAAAGAUUUAGUAGAGCUUCUUAUUUCAAAGGGCGCCAACGUCAAUUUACAAGCAAUUCCUCAUAUGACUCCUCUUUCCCUUUCACUUUUAACAAGUGAUGAAGAAAUUAUUGAUAUUCUAUUUGAUGCUAAUAUUCGUCAUUAA